AUGGAUAGACUAAGUAAAUCACAUGAAGUUUUAAGGUUACUUUCAACAACAAAAUCAGAAACAUUAAUAAUCAAAGGUAACAAUGAAAAUUAUUUUAAAUUAGUUAAAGCUAGUGUGGAAACAUUAUUUACAACAUGUGACGAAAAUGAUUAUAAUAAUUUAAAAGAAGCAGUUUUAACAAGAAUUCAAGUUGAAUUACAUCGAAUUAUAAAACAUAAUCCUAAUGUUGGACCAAAUGCUUUAAAAGAUCAAUUACUUGAACAUCAAAAUCAAAAUGCUAAUACACAUUUAAUAAUUGAUUAUCUUGAUUUAAUAAAAAAAAAUUAUUCAAUUACUUGGUUAUUCAGAUUUAUUUGA